UGCCAGGUCUGGGAACGGUCCCCUUCUCCUUCGCCCCCUCGCUCAUCUCUGCAGAGCGCCUGUCGCUCCCGGGCCACCAUAAACCGCUGGGCAGGACCCGCUCCGAGCCCCUGCCCCAGAACCCCAAGGCCAUCCAGCAGCAACUGGUGUACCAGCAGCAUCACACCCAGUUCCUGGAGAGACUCAAGCAGCAGACGCAUCUGGGCAAGCGCAUGGCUAAAUCCAGCGAGAAGCCCCGUCUGCGGCAGAUCCCCUCCUCGGAGGACAUGGAGGCAGAGGGGACGCUCCCGGAGCCCGGGGCUGAGAGCGGCGACUUGGCAAGGACACGCGUGGAGCCCACGCGGCCGGGGAGCAGCGUGAAGGAGCCCGAGAGGACGCCGAAGAUGCUGCAGCCACAGGAGGAGCUGGUCCUACAGCAGGCGUAUCUCUGGGAUUCCUACCAGCGCGUGCAGCAGCAGCUCCUCAAGCGUCAACCCUUGGCCGACUCCCCCGUGGUCCCCACCAUCCACGCGGGGCACAGACCCCUCUCCAGGGCCCAGUCGUCUCCUGCCACCGCCACCAUCUCCCUUCCUGCCCAGGAUACAGCCUCCAAGCCGCUCUCCCUGCCCGUGCAGGAGCAGCCAGCCAAGCCACACUUCACCACAGGGCUGGUUUACGACUCGGUGAUGCUCAAACACCAGUGCUCCUGCGGCGACAACAGCAACCACCCGGAGCACGCGGGCAGGAUCCAGAGCAUCUGGUCCCGUCUGCAGGAGCGAGGGCUGCGCAGCCAGUGCGAGUGUCUGCGGGGACGCAAAGCCACCCUGGAGGAGCUGCAGUGCGUCCAUACCGAGCGGCACGUCUUCCUCUACGGCACCAACCCCCUCAAUCGCCUGAAACUGGACAACGGGAAGCUGGCAGGGAUCCUGUCGCAGCGGAUGUUUGUCAUGCUGCCCUGCGGAGGGGUGGGGGUGGACAGCGAUACCAUCUGGACCGAGCUCCAUUCCUCCAACGCCGCGCGCUGGGCGGCCGGCAGCGUCACCGAGCUGGCCUUCAAGGUGGCCACCCGGGAGCUGAAGGUAGG